AUGUCCACCUCCGUGCCCAUCCUCUACGGGCCCUCGGCCCACGUGCCGCUCAUCAAGGACCCCUCGUUGCGUGUCCCGCCGCCCAUCGCCGCACCUCAAGAUCUGCACCCUCUGCCGCCCUCGCUCGCCGACUACUUCGUCUAUCCCUUCACCCUCGAGCGCGCCAUCGUCGCCGAGCGCGAGCGGCGCGAGGCGGCGCGCCGCGCCGAGCUGCAUCGCCUGGCGCCCGGAUGGGACGAGCAGGGCCAGGGCGCCGUGCUGGUGCCGACUCCGCGCGCACAGCAGCAGCAGCAGCAGCAGCGGGCGGCGGAACAGGCGACGCAGCAGCCGAGAGGCCCGAUGGACGAGCUCGUCGACCAUCUUGCCGCGCUCGACGCCAAGGAUCAAAGCAACGCGCCGCCGUCGGGGCCCCUCUUCUAG